UGCCAACCUGCAACAGCACGGACUCGUUACCACCAAGCAGAGCAAUCGUGCCACUACAUUAUCUUGUCCAUGCUGUGAAUAUCAAAACAACAGCAUUCUAGCUCACGACCAGAAGUCCUGUUUCCUUAAAGAGCAUCUGCUGAUAGUUAGCAACCUAGCUGACUAGUAAGCUACCUAGCCGUUAGCGUUUGGUGCUGGACUGAGUUAAAACGUCAUUUGGAGGGUAAAGAGAAGAUAUUAGACGAAGUUACCAACACAAACAACGACACGAAGAUUAAAAUACGUUUCAUUAUGUAUACCUGCGAGUUGAGUUAAGUUAAUGCUCUAUUGAUAGCCUAUACAAUACGAGGUGUAACUGCCACUGGAACAGGGGCGGAAGUGGGCGGUAAGGACACCGUGAUUGACAGGUCCGCCAGCCAGUCACAUCCCAGCAUGGACAGAGGUCUGGAAAUAAACCUGAAAACAAAAACAACAGAUCAGUGGAGCGUCUCUUUUGAAGCACAGAUUUAUUUAACAGUGUGAGUGAGGUUACAAAAAUCUCAUUAGAAUAGAAGCUGGGUGGACAUCAGACUUCCCUUAGGUUAAGAUUAUGUUUUAAUUGAAGUUUGAAAUAUUAAAAAAAUAUAUUGAAACCCGCCCUGUGAAGAUGUUUGUGGUGUUAUUCAAUUCAAUAAUUCUGUAUGAACAACAAAUGUGAUUAUCCGAGUUUGUUGAUCGACAAAUGAACUGAAACGCACACAAUACAACAAUACAUGAAGUUCAGCCUGUGGUGCUACAAAUAUUCCACAAGGUGGCAUCUUUAUACACCAACUCACCUAAAAAUGCAUUAACAUUAGAGAUUUAACAUUAAAUCUGAACUAGGCUAAAUACAUGAAAUAUCUAAAACCUCAAUGACUUUGAUUUGAAGUGACUUGAAGUGAUUUGUAAAUACUCAACUUGUUUAUUCGGCCAUUCAUGUUUCCAUUUUUGCACUGCGUGUAUUUUAAUGUAGCCUGUGUUUAUUGAUAUUUUAGGACUCGUGUAUUUAUUUAUAUUUUCAUAUUUGCACCAUAAUGAAUCUCGCAGUUAUUACAUCGCUGCAUGCAAAAUAUUGGCACAAUAAAAUGUGACUAAAAGCCUCCACACUUAAUUCUUUCAGACCUCGAAAGAACAAACUCUACAAACCAACAAUAUAAAAAGCUUGAGGAUAAAAAGCCCCUGUGAUGAAAUGAAAAGCAAGGCUCCACAUGUGACAGAUACACAGCCAACAGAAAGGCAAUAGAUGAGGACAAUGAGCACUACACUCUGAACACAGCUCUGACUGUGUAAAAAACAUGGGCCUGGAUGGGAGAUGGAUGGAUGUUCAAGGUUCAAGGUCAACUUUAUUAUCCCUGAGGGGCAAUUUGCUUUACAGCCAGCACUGAUUAGAAAACAACUGAAAUACUCACAAUUAACUCUAAAAUACAUUCAUCAAGGGGGGAGGAUUUACAUGAUGCUGUUAUAAGGAGACCAGAGUAGCUGUAGAACGAUCUGAUGAAAAUGGAUGAAUAGCCUACUUGAAAUAUAGCCAAUUCAUUUUCCUCAGUAACUUAUAGUUUAAUUAUUUAUUCAGGCUAACUCGGCUAAACAUUGUUGUAGUUUUAAAAAAUAUAUAUAUUUAAGACGUCAUUCCUACCCUUAUAUAAACUACGUGGGAAACAAAUACUUUAUUUUCUGAGAAGAAAAUAAAUCGUCGAGUAAUUUCUAACGGUCAAUAGGGUGAUUUUAUUUUGGAAAUGAUGACCGGAAGUCAUUAACAAACUGAAUUAGUCCUCGUGUCUGCCUGCUCAGCUGCCUCCUCCUCUCCUCUGUGGGUUUUUUUUGGAGGAGUUUCAGUUUUCAGGAUGGAGGAGAGGAACCAGUCGGAUCUCGUCAGUGCGCUGUGAGCUGCAGAACUAAAAACCUCUUAACGCAUCUGUGGAGUUUGUGUGAUCUUUUUUUUGGGGGGCUGAAAAGUCUGUAACCUACAGUGAUAUUCUUUGAAAUUGUUUGAAUCUGUGAAAAUGAGUAGAGACGGAGACAAGAGCGCAAAGACUUCUCUCCGUAGCCAAAAACAACCCCGGACGCAGCAGCAGGUUUCUGUCCAGAAGAAGAAGAAGGAUGAACUCUCCAAAGACUCACAGUCAGGGAACGACAUUGGAAAGGAGAUUAAAUCAGCGGGAUCGCUGGGGAAACGAGCAGGGAAAGUGUCGACAGGUGCCACGGUGGAUGGUCAGCAGAGCCCUGCUGCGCAGAGGAAACUCUCCGACGCCAGUAACGCUUCAGAGGACCUUAGCAAAGACUCCGGCUGCUUGUCCGGGAAACUCUCCUCCUCCGACAGCAGCUCAGAGAUCUCAGACUGCACCUCCGAGGGCAACAAGCAGGAAUCUCCGCGCUGCAACAACGAAUUAAGCUGGGUAGACGGGAGAGCUUAUGUGAGGCCGGACAGCGAGAACACAGGAGACGCAAACCCGUGCGUAAAGGCAGCAGGAGAUCCGUGCGCCCUCCAGCCGCAUGCUGGAGGAGGACUCGGUUUGUUUGACUCCUCAGGGACAUUUCUGGAGCUCAUGAUGGGAGAGACAACCGAUGAUCUUGUCCGGGAGGUGGACGAUUUGAGAUCAGAGAACGAGUAUUUAAAAGAUGAGGUGGAGGAGCUCCGCUGUGAGAUGCUGGAAAUCCGCGACAUGUUCCAGGAGGAGGAGGUGUACCAGCUGCAGGAGCUGAGGCUGCAGCUCGAGCAGGCCAACAAGACCUGUCGCAUCCUGCAGUACCGCCUCCGCAAGGCCGAGCGCCGCAGCAUCCGGGUAGCUCAGACCGGUCAGGUGGACGGGGAACUGGUCAGGAGCCUGGAGCAUGAUAUUAAGGUUGCAAAGAGCGUCUCUCUGCGGCUGUACAAUGAGCUGGACGCCGUGCAGAAGAAGAACUCUCAGCUGGAGUGGGAAAACGAGGCGCUGCGGGAGAAGACACAGGAACUAGAAGUGGCCAAACAGGUGUUACAGGCCGAGGUGGAGAAAGCCAGAGAGGGCACUCUGAAAAAGAAGAGCAUCCGCUCAGCGGUCAGCAGGGCUGAGAAAAGGCUCUCUCAACAGAUUGAGCCGGAUGACAGCGCUGAUCUCAGGUGCCAACUCCACUUUGCCAAAGAGGAAUUAGCUCUCAUGUGCAAGAAGCUCACCAAGCUGGUAUCAGAGAGUGAGGCAAUGCGGGAGGAGCUGGCCAAAUACCGCUCAGCCUUCGGUGACGUAGAUGCCAACGCGUUGCCCGAAGGUAAACGACACUCGGCCCGUGCCUGGGAGGCCGAAGUCAAAGUUCACCUGAAACUGGUGGAAGAGGAGGCGACACUCCUGAGCCGGCGGAUUGUUGAACUUGAGGUGGAGAACCGGGGACUGCGAGCUGAAAUGUGUGACCUGAGAGAGAAAAUAGUAAAAGCAGGAGGAGGUGGCGAAGAGGAAGAAGAAGAGAACCGGGAUGUGGGGGAGGAAAACAUGUCAGCUUCCACACAGGCGAAAAACAGAGAAGGAAGGGAUCAAAGUUUGAAAAAAGGAUGCAAAACGUACGAGAAGGAUGCUGAGAAAAGUAAAAGUGACGAGAAAUCUUUGCGUGGUAACAAAUCACAGACUGAAAGGAUGACGGCUGCUUGUCACAUAACCCGAGAAGGUCCUGUGGGUGGUGAGUGGGACCCUUCAGACACUCCUGAUAUUGAAAACAAGAAACUUGACGGAGAUCUCAAAGGUAUGACGGUAAAUGACUUUGAAACUCUUCUGGCUCUCAGAGAUCAUUCCUGCAUUUUGAGUUCGGCCAUCCAGCUCCUGAUGCCACCAACUAAAAAUGGCCACUCCUCAUCGCCUUCAAGUGCGUUUAGCUCUCCAACAGAGAUGGACUUGACCGGCAAAGCUCAGAAUAUGUUCUACCCGGGGCCUUUGAACGAGGCUUUGGAGCUUCUACAGGCCAUGCUGAUGGGAUUCAUAGGGAGACUGGAGAUGCUUCUUACAGGAGAAGAUUCAGGGAAACUCUCUGUUCACAAGGAGAGACAAGCUUUGGAAUCCAACUCCUUCUCCUUUCUUUCUGGAGAAAGCCGAGAUUGUGACGCGGAUGCAAUGAGUAAGCAGGCGUGGGUUGACGAUCUACGCACCACAGAGGUUAAAGAGCGAGACAAUCAAACGGGACCGGCAUCUUCCCUCCAGUCAGACCUCAGCUGCAGGGACCCAAAAAUGCGCCUUUCGUUGCAGAUUCUGUGGAUCGUCCAUCAGUGGUGUCAAGUCAAAGGUCCUGGAAUCGAGGGAAAAGAGGGUAAAGACAAAAGCAUGUCUGUGCUGCGGGGAUUGUUGCAGGACCUCAGCACAGAGCUCCAGGAUGAUCCAACAGACUUUGGCAGUCAGGCCAAGGCCACUCAAGGCAAGACAGCUGAGAAGACCAUCAGCAAUAUCUUUCAUGAUAAACAACACUCUGAGGCUGACAGGACUUACAGCUCGACAUGGAGGAGGAGACAGUUUCCUCCACUCAGCUGUAGGAAGAAGAACUGGUGCUAUGUGUGCCAGGAGGCCGCCCAUCUGGACCGAGAGGACCCGGUUAAGACGUGGGACCAUCUAAUCAUGCCGCUCAGCUUCCCUGAUCUCGACUUUGAGCAGAUGUCCCUGGAGAGGAGCCACACUGCCCCAGAAAAGUCGGCCUUCAGAAUCUACUACAGCCCCCCGUCGGCUCGCAGGGUCCAGCUGGCUCAGCAGAAGCAAAGCCCGGUCACAGACGGAGAGUCUUUCAACUCAGCCUCUCCCUGGUGCACGCCGCUAACCUCCUUCUCCCAGCUGUGCCUGGGCUCGGCUAAUAACUUGAGUGACGACAUGAAGGAGAUGACGGCGAGCUGGAAGCAGGCGGUGCAGAGCAGCUCACAGGAGGUGAGAGGGAGACUACAGGGGCGCAGGCAGGAGGGGGCCUGCUCGUGCUCUCAGACCCACAUGAAGCCUCAGAUGGUCAGCGUGGGGCUGCAGACAGACAGGACACACGGGUUAGCUACUUCAAGAAGCAGUCCAUCCAGAGUCCUCAGCCCCUCCCUGCUCUCCACCCGCUCUCACCACAUCUCCAAGUCACUAGAUGGGUCACCAAGCAGAGGGGAGCGGUCCAGAACCUCGGCCUCCUCACCCAAGCUGUACAGGAGACACUCUGCGUCCAGUGUAUCCUCUCCGUCCUCAUCCACAAACUAUAGCUCCUCCUCCUCCUCCUCAACUCAGUCUACCUCAAGAGACAGAGCACUUUGGAACAUGACUCAUCAAAGCCAGACCGGCCUCUCAUGGUCCCGACAGAGCAGCCUCAGAGGUCAGAGCCAGAUCUCUGUCGGCAGCACCAAGCCUCCCAGCAAAUCCGCAGGAGCGAACCGUUACGGCAUGGUCACAGAGUUCUUGCGUCGGGUGAGCGGCCGGGUGGACAAACCGGCUCCGGGGUCCGCGCAGAAGACAAAGAGCGGGCCGAAGAACCUGGAACGUGUUCCAGCGAGACCCCCUGCCGCUCCGCUGCACAGGAACGACAGCGUGACCAGGAUCGUCAACCAGAGGUUCAUGAAGCAGAGGGAGGAGAAGGGGGGCGGUCUGGGCCCGAGUGUCCGACACAGCCAGAGUAGCUCCGCCUCAGAGGACAGAAACGACGACUGCAGCUCCGGCAGCACUUUGACCUUCUGCUUUGCUCGUCCAUCUCGCUCCGUCCAGAGACAAACAUCAAACCAGAGCAAACUCCCCCAUCACAAAUACUCACCUCCAGCGAGUGUGGCUGGAGACUCCACCUGUGAGUGAGCGGGCGGCGAAUCAGCAGCCACAAUGAUCCUUUCAUGACAGCUGAGAGAGCGGCCAGAGGAGGAAUUUAAAAUCUAAUCUUCAAAUGUUAACACUGCUGUGAUGCAGGAUGGUUGAACUGGGAGAACUGGUGGACUGUUUGUAGGAUUUUUUUUAGGAGAGCUUUAAAACUUGAUGCUUUCUUAUGGUGCAAUUCAAACUCCUCUUUCACAAACUAGCAUUCUCUUAAUUUCUAUCAAACCAAAUCCUAUAUUUACAAUGUUCAAACUUUAUGUAAAACUGAUUAUGCACUUAUAUUGUGAAUUGCAGAUUUUAUAUUAUCUUUGUAGUUUUUUGUAGUGAAU